AUGGCCCUGACACCAGAGAGAGGAAACUCGAUAUCAUGUCCAGGCUGCAGAGGAUCUUUGACGAUUUAUGACGAAAUGGUGGAGAAAAAGCUGUACCAAGCUGUCAUGAGCAAAUCCUGUGAACACUCACAGCAAAAGCUGACUCCAAGCCGACAGUACAAGUUCGCUGCUGAAGCAGCACAUCUGGCCCCAACAUGCGCGAGAAGGGAAAUGUGUACCGUUACAAUGUGGAGCGACACACAAAAAAGUACUGAUGCGAUCCAGUGCAGUGACUACUCAACAGUUGGAGGUCCUGAAGGAAUCCCACCUCAAGCUGUAUGGCUCAGCUAG